UAAAAUUUGAAGGCACACUACGGAUGCAUCCGUAUGUCAACUGCAGCCAGGCCAACUGCACCCAGAGAAGAUUGGGGGAGAUUGGGAGAGAGAAGGAGAAAGAGAUUGAAAAGAGAGAGUUUCGUGAAAACACAGGGAGAGAUUGAGAAGAUUGGGUGAGGGAGAGAUAGAGAAUUUGAGAUUGAGAGAGAGAGAGUGCGAGAGAUUGGGGCUUGCCCGAGAGAGAAUUACAGAGAGAGAGAGAUAUUUUAUUGGGGGCAGAGUUUGUGAGGGGAUGAGCGAAGCACGAGAUUCUGGGGGUUUUGAGAGAGAAAGAGAGAGCAGAGGGGAAAGAGGGAAAGAUAUCUGGGUGAGGGCAGAGAGACCGUGACUGUGAGGGAGAAAGAUAGGAUUUAGGGAGAGAGAUUGGGUGGAGGUUUGAAAGGACAGCAGAAAGAGAGUGAGGUUUAGGAGGGGUGCAGCAGCUGGGGAAAGCAGAGAGAGUUUUUGAAAGGGGCAGUGAGGGGAAAGCAGAGGGAGGAGGUUUCAUACUACAAAAUCCAUACCUUUGCAUACAGCAGCUGGGGACGGGUUUGAUGAGCCAACGAACCCUAAAAAAACCUUCACCUCCUGUUCUCUGCAACUCGAGUGCCUCACCAGAACCUCGCGACACCCAAAAUUUGGUUUACAUUUUGCACUAUUUACUACUGCGACACCCAACUAACCGCCGCUGGUAAAUCGAACUCGUAGCUGAUCACACCCCGGGUCAGCAUUUUUUAAACAUCUGGCCUAUCAAAUUCUAUCACCGAUCAAUAUGACGAUUUUCUGCUCCUAAUUCUAGGGUUGUUUCUUCCUUUUUUUUCAAAUCCAUUAUCGUCUCAGUAUCAGAUCUCAUUCCUCCAUGGCCAAUUACCUAGCUCAGUUUCAGGCGAUCAAGAGCUCUUCAAACCGCCUGGUCGUAGCAGUUGAAGAUGUUAGUGAUUUGUGGCCAACUGUCAAGGAUGGAUUUGAGGCACGAUUGCCAUUCAAAAAAGCUUGUCUCAAUAACAAGACUCGGAAUCCUGUAUAUGUUGAAAAUCUACCCGUUGAGUUCAUAUUGACAACUGAUGCUCGCCUCCGCAGUCGCUUUCCACAGGAACAAUAUUUGUUUUGGUUCCGUGAACCCUAUGCAACUGCAGUUCUUGUCACUUGUGAGGAUCUUGAUGAGUUCAAGACAAUUCUAAAACCUCGAUUGAAAUUGAUUGUUCAGAAUGAUGAACGUGAGUGGUUUAUAGUUUUUGUGUCAAAAGCACAUCCUAGCAAUGAUCAGGCCACGAAGUCAGCAAAGAAAAUAUAUGCCAAGCUUGAAGUUGAUUUUAACUCCAAAAAGAGAGAACGGUGCUGCAAACUAGAUAUACAUGGAGCAGAAACAUCUGUAUGGGAAGAUAUUGAUUCCAGGAUAAUUGAAUCUAUCAGAAAUACUUUGGACAGACGUGUUCAAUUCUAUGAGGAGGAGAUUCGUAAGCUCAGUGAACAACGUUUCAUGCCAGUGUGGAAUUUUUGUAACUUCUUUAUUUUGAAGGAGAGCUUAGCUUUCAUGUUUGAGAUGGCUCAUCUCCAUGAGGACUCCUUGCGAGAAUAUGAUGAGCUAGAACUUUGCUAUCUAGAAACAGUGAAUACUCGAGGAGUAAAACAUAAGGACUUCGGUGGUUUGGACAAUGGUGAUGAUCGUGCAGCUUUUCUAAACCAUGCAUAUAAACCGUUAUCUCAGUUUGUACUGGAUGAUACAUUCAGAGAAUUUGAAUUUAGACAAUAUCUCUUUGCCUGCCAGUCAAAGCUAUUAUUCAAGCUAAAUCGCCCAGUCGAGGUUGCAUCAAGGGGAUACUCAUUCAUAAUAAGUUACUCGAAAGCAUUGUCAAGGCAUGAAAACAAACUACCUUUUUGCUUUCGAGAAGUAUGGAUAAUAAGUGCAUGUUUGGCUUUAAUCAAUGCAACUGUCUCUCGCUAUGAUGGGGGACUGGUGACGCCUGAUGUUGAAAAAGAAUUCUUUCGCCUACAGGGUGACCUUUAUUCCCUUAGCCGUGUUAAGUUCAUGCGGCUUGCAUACCUAAUAGGAUAUGGAAUGGACAUUGAGAAAAGUCCUGCCAACAGUGCUGCUUUGAGCAUGCUUUCAUGGCCAAGACCAGCAGUCUGGCCUUCAGUUCCUCCUGAUGCUUCAACAAGGGUGGCUGCAAAAGAAAAGCUGCUUCAAUCAAGCCCCAAAGCCAAGCAUUUUGGUAUUCAGAGAAAACCUCUACCUCUUGAGCCAUCCUCACUUCUUCGAGAGGCAAACCGGCGUAGGGCUUCUCUUUCUGCAGGAAACAUUUUUGAACUAUUCGAUGGUCAACAUAACCUGACUCCCAAGGAUGGCCCAGGUGCUGAUGGUUCUCCAAUGACGCCUCCACCAAACAAAAUCCCUGUCAGCUCUAUGUCUCGAACUAAUUCAGGACCUGUACACUUCGAGAAUUCUAGUUUGAUCCGUUCACCUGUUGAUCGUCCAAUGAAGCUUUCAGAAGUUCAUGUUGCUGCAGAACAUGCAUUAAAUGCGACAAUUUCUGAUCCUGAUCUACUGAAAGCCUUAUCAUCUGUUCAUGAUUUUGAGCUAAAGUAUCUGGAUUUGACAAAAGGUGCUGCUGAGAAUUACAAUCGUUCAUGGUGGAAACGCCAUGGAGUUGUCCUUGAUGGAGAGAUCGCAGCAGUCUGCUAUAGGCAUGGAAAUUAUGAUCUCGCUGCAAAGUCAUAUGAAAAAGUUUGUGCUCUUUAUGCUGGAGAGGGAUGGCAAAAUUUAUUAGCAGAAGUCCUUCCUAAUUUAGCAGAGUGUCAGAAGAUACUCAACGACCAUGCUGGAUAUCUUGCUUCCUGUGUCAAAUUGUUGUCUUUAGACAAAGGCUUAUUCCUUGUCCAAGAACGUCAAGCAUUCGAAUCAGAAGUUGUCCGACUUGCUCAUAGUGAAAUGAAGCAUCCAGUGCCCUUAGAUGUGUCAUCAUUAAUAACAUUCUCUGGAAAUCCUGGACCACCACUGGAGUUAUGUGAUGGGGACCCUGGAACUCUAUCGGUAACGGUGUGGAGCGGCUUUCCUGACGAGAUUUCUCUUGAAUCGCUGACUCUCACUCUUAUAGCUACAUUCAGUGCAGAUGAAGGUGUAAAGGUUAUAAAGAGCUCCAGUGCUCUCGUAUUAAAGCCGGGAAGGAAUGAUGUCACCUUGCCACUGCCUCCUCAACGUCCAGGAUCGUAUGUCCUGGGUGUUCUAACAGGACAGAUUGGAAAUUUGAGAUUCAGGUCCCACAGCUACUCAAGAGGUGGACCUCCAGAUAGUGAUGAUUUUAUGAGCUUUGAGAAACCCAUCAGACCAGUCCUGAAAGUGUCCAAGCCAAGGCCUCUAGUUGAUCUCUCAGCGGCCAUUUCGUCUGCGUUGCUGAUGAAUGAAGCUCAAUGGGUUGGCUUGAUUGUAAGACCUAUUGAUUACUCUCUUAAAGGAGCAAUCUUACACAUAGAUACUGGACCAGGUUUAAAAAUCGAGGAGUCUCAUAUGAUUGAGAUGGAGAGUUGUAAUGAGGCAUUUGAGGGCUUCGGCCAGAUAAGAAACUCCAAUAAUAUCUCAACUGAUAAUUCUUCUACUGGUGGUGGAGGAUACGAACGGUUACCACUCAUAGAUGGUAAAUUAAAAUUGCCAGAUUGGGCAAGUAAUUUGACAUCAGUUCUGUGGUUACCAGUUCGUGCUAUUGAUGAUAGAUUGCUUAUGGGAACUUCUGCAGUCAUUUCACAAAGACAAAAUAUUGUUGAUGGAAUGAGGACUAUUGCCCUGAAACUUGAAUUUGGAGUCUCCCACAAUCAGACAUUUGAAAGGACUGUUGCUGUACAUUUUACUUAUCCUUUAUAUGUAAGCACACGCGUAUCAGACAAGUGCAAAGAUGGUACUUUAUUGCUGCAGGUGGUCCUGCAUUCCCAAGUGAAGGCUACACUGACCAUCUGCGAUGCCUGGAUGGAUCUCCAAGGAGGUUUUGUUCAUGUUGGGAAGGAUGAUGGCCGACCAACUCCUGGCUUCUUUCCUCUCUCAAUUUGUCCAUCUUCUAGGGCAGGAAUCAUGUUCUGCAUCCGCCUUGGGAGCACAACCAAUGGGGAUGAGUCUGAGCUAUUAAAAUCACACAGUAUCUUGAACAUUCGAUACAGAAUAUCUGGAGAUCGAGCUCUUGGAGCUCAUUCCCCUAUGGUUCAUGAUGGACAAGAUGCAAGUACUGGAUCUAGGGAAUUGCUAUUUAAGAGUGCAAUUGUCUUGCAAAGGCCAGUGCUUGAACCUUCUUUAGCUGUGGGUUUCCUUCCCUUGCCAUCAGAUGGUCUGAGAGUGGGCAAACUGGUCAGUAUGCGAUGGAGAGUUGAGAGACUGAAGGACAUCGAAGGAGAAGCACCUUCAAUCCAUGAUGGUGAAGUGUUGUAUGAAGUUGAUGCAAAUCCAGAGAAUUGGAUGAUCGCGGGAAGGAAACGUGGGCAUGUUUCACUGUCUUUGGAACAAGGUUCCCGGAUAGUUAUUUCAGUCAUAUGUGUGCCCUUGGUGGCUGGUUAUGUGCGUCCCCCUCAACUUGGGCUGCCUGACGUGGAUGUCACCAACAUAAGCUGCAAUCCUGCAGGUCCACACCUGAUUUGUGUGUUGCCUCCAACCCUCAGCUCAUCAUUUUGCAUCCCAGUGUGAAGGUACAUCAUCUUAUUUGGCGUUUUCUGUGUAAUUGAGCCCACCCCCCCCCCCCACUUAUCUCUCUCUCUCAUCUCUCAUGUGUGCAUGAUUCCCCUGUUAACAUUGUAUAUUGAGCUUAUUCGGUUUUCCUGGUUCUUUAUGUGAUGGUCAGAUUUUUUUGAUGAUGAUUUAAAGGCUGUAUGCUUUCUGCAUUUUGUAUUUAUCUGUGAAUCAUCAUAAUGUACCUUUGCAGUUUUGUAAUAGUGGGAUGCUUGGUAACUGGUUGAGUUUUAUGCUGGAAAAAUCAUCCUGGGAACUCAUUUCAAAACUGAAAUGAUGGGUAGAAACUGAUCUUGGAUAAGAAAGAAAAAAGCAAAUGUCCUGUCCUUUUUGGGAUGCAACUUCUGAAAGUUCUAUCAAGCUUCCCUGAUGUUCUUCUGGGAAGACAAAUGACAUUUAAGUUUACAUGUAACCUUAAUUUCAUUCCAGAUGCAUUGCAUAAAAGAAUGUUUCACGUGCAUACAUGGGUGCCUGACAAUACGAUCUCAUAUUUGACUUGAUCUCCAUUGAUUUGUUGGCUCCGAUUUGGAGAAGAGGAGCAUGUAGCCA